UUCUUUAACUCUUCUUCUAUAUUUUAUUCUCUUUUUUAUUUCUCUUCGUGUAUCUUUUGCUUCCUGUGACAAUGAUAAAAUGAACAUUUUUUAUGUCUAAAAGUUUUCUAAUUCACAGCAAAUCUUGUUGAAUUUUUUCCUGCAAAGGAAGCUAUUGGAGUUCAGCUUUCAUCUUAAAAGUGUUGAUUAUUGUACUGUUAAUUUAGAAGAAUCACCAAAAUGCAAGGAGGACCUUCAGAUUACCUUUCAAUUUCUUCAUCAAGCAGGAAGGAAAGAAAUUAUGGGUCUAUGAAUUUAGAUGGCAUGCUCCACAAUUUUUGGGACACUGAAGGAAAUCAAGUUAUGCCCAAUUCAAAUCAAGAUACUCCUAUAGAAGGACAACAUUUAAGUUAUGUUGCUGAAAAUGGCAUGGGAGGUGAUCAUAUCCUUGAACAAGUUACUGUUGAUUUCAAUGUGCACCAUCCUUCAGAUCAAAUUGCUACAAAUGAAAAUGAAAUACCCAACAGUGCAUCAGAUGUUAGUGAACCACCAAGCAGUGGGAGAAGAAGAAGAAGGUCAUCAUAUGACGAUCAAGCAUUAACGGAGAAGAGACAACGUCGAAUGAUUAAGAACAGAGAAUCUGCUGCAAGAUCCAGAGCUAGAAAGGAGGCAUAUACAGCAGAAUUGGAGGUAGAGCUCGAUCGAAUGAGAGAAGAGAAUGACAGGCUCAAGUUACUUGUGGCUCAAGUUGCAACAAAAAGAAAAGAAGAGGAGGAGAAAAAGAAUCAACCAACAAAAGCUCAAUGGAUGGCUGACAAACUGAGAACACUUAGAAGGAUGUCAAGUGUUUAAUGGCGAUCAUAGCUUUUAUCAUAUGAUGAAUGCUUGCUUACUUACAAGGAUUACUGUGAUGUACUAGUUAAUAGUGUCUCUUUGAUACUAGUCUUUGUUGUGCAUGUAAGUUAAAGGAUUUUAAAAGGAUUACUGUGAUGUACUAGUUAAUAUAUAGUGUCUCUUUGAUACUAACCGUUGCUGUGCAUGUAUGUAUGUUAUUGCCUUACCUAUGGAUUUAGUGGCGGAGCCAUAUGAAUAAAUUGAACAGGA